AUGGCUUUCAUAACCAUAUCCGGGUUCCCUUCCUCUGGGAAAUCGACUCGCACACAGCAGAUCAAGGCACAUUUAGAAGCAAAAAUCAAGAAUCCCGAGUAUUCUGGCCCCCUCAAACAGGUUAUUGUUCUCUCCGACGACUCCUUGGGCAUCAGUCGCACAGCUUAUGAUGACAGCCGAGCGGAAAAGCCUGCACGCGGGACACUCUUUACGACACUGCAAAGGCAGAUGAACGCCGACACCGUCCUGAUCGUCGAUUCAUUAAACUAUAUCAAAGGCUUUCGGUACCAGAUGUACUGCGCCGCUCGCGAGAUGAAACUGAGGAUGUGUACUGUAUAUGUCGUAGCAACACCUGAAUUAUGCCACCAAUGGAAUCUCACUCGGCCAGAUGAUGGAAAAUAUUCCGACAAGACACUUAACGGCCUCAUUAUGCGAUACGAGGAACCAUCAUCAAUGGUACGGUGGGACUCGCCGUUAUUCACGGUGCUGUGGACAGAAGGUGGUGUUCCGGGCGAUCAGAUUUGGGACGCGAUCACGGAGGGCAACGUCAAGCCUCCGAAUGCGAGUACUCUCCAGUCCGUCAAAGCCCCCAGCGACGCGCUGCACUGCCUGGAGCAGACAACCACCUCAAUUGUAUCGGCGGUUAUGACCGAAUCGCAAGGCUUCGGCGGGCCAGUGGCACUCUCCGUGACACCCAGCCUCCAGCUUCAGAUCAACCUUCCAUCAAGACAUAUCACAUUGUCAGAACUACAGAGAUACAAACGCCAGUUCAUCACGAUCCACAAGAAGGCCAUUACUCUUGGGUCCACAGAGAAGGGAGCCGUCGACUGGAGUGAAGAGAGCGUCGCACAUAAAUUCGUGACUUUUCUGGAGGAACAUCUGAAAGCCUGA